GUGUUUCACUGGGACAAUAGUGAGUGGUGCACACUUCCUUCGCCCAGCCACAGGACAAAAGAAAGUUCCAUUUAAGAGUUGCUGGUGUAACAAUAGGAAGAAUAUAUUCCACUCCUCUCUUGUACAUGCGGCUUAUGAGAAGGAAGAACGAGGAGAGGAUAUUGCGUGUAAAAGUAAAGCCAACUGAUCACAGCUCUGCAGUCCUGGUCACCGUUGACGUGAGGUCGGACUAUUUUGGAGGUGCACGUCAAGACGUCCAGCAGAUGAACGCUCGUCAAGAAGAACGUGCCCUUCAGCAGAAGGAGGAUCCACAGCCCCCCUACAUUAAAGAGGAAGAGGAGAAUCUCUGGGUUACUCAGGAGGAAGAGUGUCUUCUAGGGCAGAAGGAGGCUUAUCUCACCAAGUUUCCACUGACUGUUGUCUCUGUGAAGACUGAAGACCAUGAAGACAAACCACCUGAGUCCUCACAGCUUCAUCACAGUCCAAACGUCUGGGAAGAACAUCUUCACCCUGAGCAACAGAAGUGGAGCUUCAGGAUGCGGACGGAGGAGCCACAGCCCUCCCAUAUUAAGAAGGAAGAGGUAUAUCCUCAGAUCCCCCAUUUUAAAGAGGAAGAGGAACACCAAUUGAUCCCCCAUUUUAAAGAGGAAGAGGAGGACCCACUGACCCCUCACAUUAAAGCGGAAGAGGAAGAACACAGCAUCAGUCAGCAGGGAGAGCAUCUUGAAGGACUGGAGGAGGUUGAUGUCACCAAGAUGCCAGUGACUGGUGUCCCUGUGAAGAGUGAAGGUGAUGAGGUCAAAGGUGAGAGUGAGGAGAAGAGAGAGGCGGAGCCUCCAAGCAGCAGCUCAACUCAACACAUGACAACAGAAGCUGAUGGAGACCACUGUGGAGGAUCACAAGCAGACAAGCUCUUAGCUCCACUAUCAGAUAGUGAGGACACAACGUCACACUCUCCUGACACUGAUGAUGAAGACUCUAAAGAUGAUAAGACAUGUCACACUGACAACACACACUUCACAUGUUCUCACUGUGACAAAACUUUUAAUGUUCGUAACAAUAUGAAAAGACACAUGAGAACACACACUGGAGAAAAACCUUUUUCCUGCUCAGAAUGUGGAAAACGUUUUGUAACAAAUACACAUUUGAAAAUACACAUGACAACACACACUGGAGGAAAACCUUUUUCAUGUUCAAUCUGCGGUAAAGGUUUAACUCAUAGGCAACAUUUGAAAGUACACAUGAGAACACACACUGGAGAAAAACCCUUUUCCUGUUCAGAAUGUGGAAAAGGUUUUGCAAUGCAUCAUAGUUUAAAAGUACACAUGAGAACACACACUGGAGAAAAACCCUUUUCCUGCUCAGAAUGUGGUAAAAGUUUUGUAACAAAUACAAAUUUAAAAUUACACAUGAGAACGCACUCUGGUGAAAAACCCUACUCCUGUUCUAGCUGCAACAAAAGCUUUCGUCACCUAAUAACUCUUACAGUACACAUGAGAACACACACAGGAGAGAAAGUGUUGAGUUGCAGUGUGUGUGGUGAAAGAUUCUCCUAUAAGUACCAGUGUAAGAAACACAAGUGUGCUGGUGAGAACAGCAGCAGCAAAUGAAGAUGCAGGAUUUGAAAUAAACUUUCUAGCAACAUCAGCACAUAUAACAUGUGUGACAUCAUUGUUGUGUGUGUAACACAAUCUUGUUAAUAUGAUUCUAACAUUUAUAGAUUAGACACUUCAGAUUAGUGCUUUUAUUUCAGUCAAGUACAUGAGUUAAUAUACACAUUUGUGUACUUUAAAAUGAACAGAAUAAUUUGACUGAAAAGGUGAGAAUAAACAGUACAUAAAAUGUUACAUAUGAUAAACAUUUUAUGUGUAGAUAUUCAAAAUUCACUUUUAUACUUAUUCAUAAUAGUGUUUUAUACAGUUUUUUUUUAAAAAAUAAUGAAGGGUUCUAUAGAUGAACUCCUUAAUAUGAUAUACAUAUUUGUUUUACAUGUGUUCAUACCUUUGCUUUUGAGUACACAUAAAUCCCUCUUAGUUCAUAUUUACUGGUUCACAUCUGAAACAUCUUCUAGACCACUUCUGGAAACAUUAUUAUUUACUUUAUACAUCAUUUGUCUUUUAUACAAGAUCAUU